AGCCUGCUCUCGCAGCCCCUGCCCCCUCAGUCCCUCACCCCCACGCACGCGCAGCACCCUCGCCCUCGGACGGACGCACGCAGGCUCCCCCUUUCGGGCGGCCGCCGCUCCCUGUCGCCGGCGACGAGCUGCCACCUGUCGGCAAGGAGGAGCGCCAGCUGCAAUCUCCGGCUUUGAUGGUUGCUCCACAAGGAUGAGAUGGCCUCCCGUCCAAAGCUGUCUGGUAUUCAGAAGCAGGUCUUGGCGCUGUACAGGGGAUUCCUUCGGACAGCACGCCUAAAAGCCCCGGAAGAGCGGCGCAGGAUCGAGUCUGUUGUCUCGGCAGAGUUCCGUGACAAUGCAAGGAAUGUUGAUCAUAGGAACUUUGUAUACAUAGAGUACUUGCUGAGGAGAGGGAAGAGGCAGCUUGAGCAGCUCAAGAAUCCUGAUAUUACUGGACUUGCUACCCUUGAAGUAAAGAAAUGAGGCCUCUCCAUUGCCAUAACUAAGCAUAAUGGGAAGAUUUGGGAAUCUCAAGAACAUGCCAUUGAUGAUGUCCGAAGAACAUAAAUAUGACCAUACAUCAGAGUUUUUUUCAGCACUGACUUUAUGGGAAUCUCAAGAUAAAUCUAGUAGUACCUGUCUGGUUACUCAGAUAGUAAUAUCAAUUUUGCUCUAUUUUUGUGUAACCAUACUUCAUACUGGGCUUAUGUCAUCCAAGGAUUCUGGUGCAAUCAUUGAAUUUGUAUGUUUAGUGAUUCGAACGAUGUUAGCCUUGUUUAAAAAAUGGUGUUGAAAUUCUGUGAUGAAUCAGUAAGAUUAUUCCUGGCUUUGAUAGCUUUGAAAUUCUGUGAUGAAUCAGUAAGAUUGUCCCUGGCUUUGAUACCUGGUGUUUGGACAUUUCUGUUAUCAUUCCCAUGUCCAAAUAAUUUGCUACAAUGCUAUUUAAGUUCCUGCUGAUCUUAUCUCCAUCAGAAGUAGCCUAAUUCCAUAUCUGACUAACUAUUUCCUUGAUUUUUCCCUGAUUAUGUGAUUUAGUCAAUUUGUAAAGUUCAUAGGAAAAAAGAAUUUCGACGUUGCUUGUUACUUAGAAGCAACUCAAGCAUAGCAAUUCUGAGGCAACAGCAGAAACAUAUACAUGCUCUAUGUCGGUCACAUGAGUUUGGGAUAUAACAUACAGGAUCUUCCAAACACAUGGAAAAGAGAAGCUCAUCUCUAUCGUGAAAUUGAUUGAUAUGUACCUUGAGUCACUUCUCGCUUGUUGUUAAUGCUUGUUGCAUUCCAGAAUCCUGUUCUGCAUAUCAUCUUAAGACUAAAAAGUACUUUGAGGGUCUGACAGUAACUUUCCAAAUCAGGAUCAUUUAUUGGUUGCCAUCUUAUUUGUGAAUGGUUCCUCUGCUCAGCCAGGAUAUUUCACUUCACUUGUGGAUAAUAUGGUUGUCCAAUCGAAAUCGUUCUUUGUGUCUAAUCCCUUUUUCCUGACGAAUAGGUUUAUGCUUUUGAGUGACAGGAGAUUAUUGGUCUAUUACAUGAUGGAAUGCUUUGUGGGAUACUCCCCCAUGUUAUUCAUCUUGGUAAUGGACGUCCUAAACAGUCUUUUCAUGAAAGCGGAAGAGGAGGGACUGCUCCUACCUCUCCAUUCUGCUGGUCAGCGGCUAUCUUUGUAUGCAGAUGAUGUGGCUCUCUUCAUAAGAUCAGAAGAAGAUGAUCUGCAGAUUACUAAGAAUAUCUUGCAAGUUUUUGAGAAGGCAUCAGGGUUGCGAACGAACCUACAGAAAAGUUGUGUGAUCCCAAUUCAGUGCGAUGAUGAAAUUGUGGAGGUUGUGAACAAUACCCUACAGUGCACUACAACCUCUUUCCCCACCACUUAUUUAGGGCUACCAAUCUCGGUCAAAAAGCUACGAAGAUGUGAUUUAUUAAUCUGGAUCGAGAAGAUUGCCAAUAAGCUUCCUGGUUGGAAGGCCCCUUUAUUGAGUUUGGCUGGUCGUGCGGUCUUGGUGCGCUUUGUUAUCACUGCCAUCCCUAUUUAUCUGCUGAUCGCCAUCAGAGUGCCCAAAUGGUUCAUCCGAGCAGUGGACAAAAUCAGGAGGAGUUUUUUGUGGAAAGGAAGGAAAGAAAUCAAUGGUGGCAGCUGCUUAGUGGCUUGGGAAAAGGUCAUGAGACCUAUUGAUUUGGGAGGCUUAGGAAUUCAUAACCUUGAAAUUAUGGGUUGGGCGCUGCAAAUGCGUUGGCUUUGGAUUGAGAAAACAAAACCGGAUCGGCCUUGGGCUGGUCUUGAGGUCCCAGUUCACUCCAACACUGUUGCUCUGUUCGCUGUGUCGGUAGUCACUUCGGUUGGUAAUGGGGAAAAAUACUUUGUUCUGGUCUGAUCGCUGGUUAGAUGGCUGCAGCAUAGAACACCUUGCACCUAAUGUUUUCAAGUGCAUACCUGCAAGAUUGAGGAAGGCAAGAACAGUGAAGGAUGCUUUGCACGAGCUAACCUGGGUGUCAGACAUCCGUGGAGCUCUUGGUUGGCAGGGUCUGGUUGAAUAUUUGGACCUUUGGGAUGUGCUCACUGAUGUUAUUUUACAUGGCACUAAUGAUACCCAUCAUUGGAAGUUCGAAGCUUCAGGGAAUUUCUCCUCUAAGUCGGCAUACAGGGCCUUCUUUGCAGGAUCAGUGAGCUUUGAGCCAUGGAAACGGCUUUGGAAAUCUUGGGCCCCUAGCAAAUGUAAAACCUUCAUUUGGCUGGCCAUUCGUAACUGGUGUUGGACGGCUGACCGUUUACAAAAAAGAGGGCUCCCUCACCCUGCUCGCUGCCCGCUGUGCGACCAAGAAGAAGUGACAGUCCAACAUCUACUCACCACAUGUGUCUUCGCCCGACAAUUUUGGUUUAGCAUCCUUCAACCACUGAAUCUAUCCUGCUUGGUUCCUGGACGCGCAGCUGGUUUGUUUGCAGAUUGGUGGAGAAAAUCUUGGAAAAGAGUGCAAAAACAGCUACGAAAAGGAUUUAAUUCACUGGUGAUCCUUGGUGCUUGGACCAUUUGGAAACAUAGAAAUGCCUGUGUUUUUGAUGGAACAACACCAAACCUGCAGGGAGCUCUUCAAGCCUUCAAAGAUGAGCUUCAUCUAUGGCAAUUUGCUGGUGCCAAAGGGCUUACUGUUCUAAGCCAAGGGAGCGCUUUACUUGCUAUUUAGAAGCUGUCUAGUAUUGGUCUGGUCCUUUUUGUAUCUUUCGGGUGUAUAUUUGGACUUUUUUCCUCUCUU